AUGGCAUUUCCACUUGACCAAUCUGAACUAAUACGCCAUUUACGAACUACAUAUUUGGUGUUGAAUGAAGAUUCCGAUUAUGCAAGAAGAAUCAUAAAGCAUUCGCUGUUGCCGAUCUGCAGUAAUGAAAACACCCCGAGAACCCCAUUUUCUGAUUCCCCUCCAAUCACUUUUGAAAUUGCUAGACAUAUAAAGAAAUCUGUUCAUAACGGGUUAAGAUAUGAUGAUACAUAUAGUUCUCAGCCAAGUUUUAGUACACCCCCUGCAAAGGCUACAAAGAAGAGGCGGAAAAGAAAAUCAAAGAAAACUGUUAAACUACAUAAGGCCAAUCAAACCAACAAGACCCCCACCGCCAAAAAUGAAGCAAUUUUACUUGGUAGCCUUGAUGAAAAUAAUGGUGCCAUGCUUUUAAACUCGGGCUCGUUGGAUAAUACUUCUACUGACUCAAAUAUGGAUUAUCCUUUGGGAUCAACUGCCGAAUCAGAAUUAGCACCAAUAACAGAAUCGAAAGGAGAUGACAUAUUGAUACUAGAGGAUCCAGAUGAAUCAAAUGCAAAUAAUAGUGGCGGCACAACUUUUGGACUAAGGUAUACUAAGACUAUUCGAGGAAGUAGUGGUAGCAGCAAAAAAUCGAGACCCAAAUCAAAAUCAAAAAUACCCAUUGUUAAAUUCUUCCUGUCUGGGAAGGAGAGUGGUUCAGUUUCAGACUCUGAUAGUGAUAGUGAUAGUGAUAUUAAUGAUAGAAAGCUACAACUAUAUCAAAGUGAUAGUAUAAAUUCAACCAAUAAUACCUUGGAGGAAGUUACUACAGAAGACGGAGACAUUACCGAACAGGAAAACGAACCAGAGGUCAUUGAAGUCAAUAAGUCACACAAACCAUCACAAGACAAUAGUGACGUCAUUACUAUAGAUAGUGACUUUGGAGUUCCUGUGAAUUCUCGUGGACAUGUUGUUCAAAAUUAUCAACCAGAGGAACAAGGAGUAUCUGAUGAAGAGAUUGAAGCCGAAAUUGAAGAAGAUUAUGACUCUGUUGAUUCCGAUGAGUAUGAAUAUGAGUAUGAUGAAGAUGGCGAUGAAGAUUCUAAUGAUUCAGAGUUUACUGAUUUGGAUAAUGAUUCCUUAGUGGAUUCAUCGUUGAUUUUAGAUUCUACAUACAACGAGAAUGGAGGUGAUAGCUUUUCAUUUGUUAGAACAAGUAACGUUUCAGAAUUUGAUCCACAGAAAAGCAGAAAAAAGAAGAAGAGUGAUUCAUUUGAUCAGCACACUAUACCAAAAAGCAAUGCCCUCGUUAGACAAAGGUCAUCUUCUGCAGGUAAUAGCAAAUCGUAUUUAGGGUUAACUGCGUUAAGUUAUAAAAACCCAACAUUUAAGUUUGAGAAAAUAGUUCCAAGCAAUCUAGACAAUCCAAAAACCUCUAAAUUGAGUUCACUUAUUCAUUCAAAAUACAAAUCAAACAACACUAAUCCAUUAAAUUAUUAUUCAUUUGUUGAUGCUAGUGCUUCGUCGGUAAAGCAAACAUUGGUUGAUAUAUUUGUGCCACCCAACACAAAGGCUACAUUGACAAAAUUGGCCAUGGUUGAGAAUGUGGCCAUUUCUGAUUGUAUUGGUUUUAUUUUGCUUAAUCUUUGUAAGUUGCCCGAACUGAACGGUAUCAAAGAUUUAAACUACCUCAACCCAAAUCAUUGGCGGUUAGAGUUAGUUGAUGAAGAUGGCGAAAACUACGGAUCAUUUGGCGUUUUGGAUCGUACCAGAUUGCUCUCAUCAUAUAAUAACCCGAAAGAAUUGGCAAUUUGUCGAAUCACUGAUUAUAACGAAAUUAAGAAAAAUGAAGCACAAUCUCCAUUGCCCGUUGAAGUAAAGAAAGAUCUUGAAGUAUUGCAACGUAAACGACACAGUAUUAAUCAAAUUGUGGAAAGUGGAAUUGAAGAUUCAACUGCAGAGAGAAUCGAGUUUCAAAUUGGAGUUUUUGAAUAUGAUGAUGAUGGAUUACCAAGAAAGGAAAUGAUAAAAGUACCUAGUGAUUAUACCAUGGGUCAAGUAUUAAAAGAAUUUUGUGCUCAACAAGGGUUAAUUCUAACAAAAUAUCGAUUUCGGUUAGUGGAUCAAAGUACAGGACAGAGUAGAUUUGUUAAAGAUGUUGAAAAAUGUUCUGAUUUGAAACAAAGGACUCUAGAAUUGAUACCUCUGGAUACUAAAUUGAACCUGAUGAUGAAUGCAAGUUAUGAUGUUGGUAUGAUUGAAGCAAAGAUAACGCCUCUGGAUUUCACGUUACCAAAUAUUACGCCAACGGUAGAACAAAUAGAUGAUAAGAUGCAAAAAUUGAAUUUGAAGGAUACACAUAAACCAACAAGUACACUAUUACCCAAAGAAGAUAAAAAAGCGGCUUCAUUCAAUUCUACUAAUGCCAUUAAACAAGCUAUUACGUCUAAUAAAUAUCUUGAGAAUAUUUUGACAGGUGAUAAUCCAGCGUUACCCAUUAACUUAAAUACAAUUUAUUUCAAGUGGAAAGUAUUGAAGAAUAAUAGUAAGAUGAAAAUUAAGAAUUUCAGUGAAAAGAACUUUAUUAUUGAUGGAGAUUAUAUUCAUUUGACGCCACCUGAUGAUUUGACAAUGAGUAUGCCAGUUGAGUCUUCAGUAAUAAACAUAAAUGGUCAUAAUCAUACCCAUCAUCAUAAUUAUUUGAAUCAUCAGUUCAAUAGGGCCCAUAAUAAGACGCUGACGAAAACUUAUUCUUUCCAUAUAACCCAAAUACUCAAAUUAAAGAAGUACGUUAAAAACCCCAAUUAUUUCAGAAUCAUUAUUCAGAGUCAACAGCUGUUGGCUGAGAAUAAUGAGGUGCUCAAUUCCACUAAGGAGGUUCCCACAAAGAAGUUUUACCUUAUAGCUAUCAAUGAACAGGAAUGUCUGGAAAUUAUAAGCAAAUUAAAGUGGGUCUUGCAAGUAUAUAACUUUUCUAGCGGGGGGUUAUAA